CCAACCAUACUACUACCAGCAGCAAUCACUUGAUUGAAGAGACAGAAAAUAACUCUAACCAGCACUCACAGUAGAGAGAGAGAAGAGAAACUCCAUCGUUGAAGCUUCGUCGGCGGUCGUAUUUUCGCUGGCAGAUUGAAGAGUGAGCUGAGCUUCAACACUCAAAAAGGUUAGUCCAACGGAUCAAAGAGAAAAAGAGACAAAAGUCGCUCUUCCACGAAUCGACCAAAGACCUCUUCUCAAAGAGACUUCCCUAGUUGGCUCAUCUUUAAAUACAGUAACCAGGUCAUCCAUAUAAGAAGUGCACCCCCGUGAAAGAAGAAGAAGAAGAAGAAGAAGAAGAAGAAAGAACCCUUUGGUGGUGAGAGAUGACUAUGGCGGAAUCUGUAGCUCUGUUUUUUGCAACCUUUGUGAUGAAAAGUCUGGGUAGGUUGCUCAUCCAGGAGGCGAUAAAUUUGCGUGGGGUGAGGCCCCAAGUUGAGCAAUUGCAAGCCCAGCUGAACCGGAUGCAAUGCUUCUUAGAAGCUGCAGGUGCAAGACCAAAAGGAGGAGCAGAUGAGAUUAUAAUCCACAACUGCGUUGCUGAGAUCAGAGAAGCAUCCUAUGAUGCUGAAGCUGCAAUUGCAACUUUUAUUGUCAAAAUUGCAUUUCGUACUAGUGGGAGAUCAGAUCAGUUCCCUUUCGUUCUCAAGAGGUAUUUGUGUAUCUUCAAGGAAUGUUUAGCCCUUCGUGAGGUUAGGUUGGAGAUUGAGGUUAUUAAUACUAGGGUCACCAAUAGCAUCACAACAGGUUUUCAAAUUUGUGGCAUACUAAAUUCUACAGGAGUAGGAAAAAGCUCAUCAUCAACGUCUACGGCUGAGAGGCAGCAACAAUUAAGGCGAUCCUAUGCCCAUAUUGUGAGGAGGAUGUUGUCGGCACAGAAGAAGAUGUAAAAGCAGUAGUGGAUCUUUUGGUGAAGGAGAAGACACAUUAUAGAGUUGUUUCCAUUUGGGGGAUGGGUGGUCUUGGCAAGACCACCCUUGCUAAGAUGGUUUACAAAAACAUUGAAAUUAUGCGUCAUUUUAAAUGUGUUGCUUGGGCCUAUAUAUCUGAACAAUGCAAUACAAGGGAAGUUCUUGAAGGGAUUCUUAUCAAACUUCUCUCUCUAUCAAACAAAGAAAGGAAAGCAAUUGGAAAGUUGAAACAUGAUGAGCUAGUCAAGAAACUUCAUCAAGUCCAAAGUGAGAAGAAAUGUUUGGUGAUUCUCGAUGACAUUUGGAAGGAUGCGGAUUGGGAUAGUCUGAGUGCAGGCUUCCCAAAUUCUACAGAGGUAGGCAGCAAGAUAUUGCUAACAACUCGCAAUAAAAAUGUUGCUAAGCAUGUAGAUCAACAACGCGUGCUUUAUAAAUUGAGGCACUUAAUAGCAAAGAAGAGUUGGGAGCUGUUUGUGAAGAAAACAUAUAUGAGAAGAAAAGAAGUUACCGGAUUCACAUUAAGCACAGAAAUGAUUGAGUUAGGGAAGGCAAUGGUCAAGCAUUGUGGUGGUGUACCGUUGGCAAUUGUGGUAUUAGGAGGACUUUUGACAGCAAAAGACAAACUGGUUGAGUGGAAGAAGGUGAGUAAAAACAUUAGUUAUGACUUAGGUAAGGGCAAAAGCCAGGGAGGAAUCCCAAUAACAGAUAUUUUAGCCUUAAGCUACCAAGACUUGCCUUACCAUCUUAAGGCGUGCUUUUUUUAUUUGAGCCAUCUUCCUGAAGAUUAUGUUAUUCGCACAAAAAAAUUGAUUCAGAUGUGGAUGGCUGAAGGCAUUGUGUUGCCAUCAUCGAUACCAACACAAGUAGGAGAAGUGGAAGAGGAACAAUGUUGGAUGUUGGAAUGAGUUAUUUGGGUGAGCUAGUCCAGAGAUGCAUGGUUCAAGUCCAAUUAACAAGGUUCAACAAAAGGAUUAAACUUUGUCGCCUUCACAAUCUCAUGAGAGACUUAUGCUUGUUAAAGGCUAAAGAGGAGAAUUUUCUCGAGAUUGUUCACAUUAAAGCCUUUGGUCAUCAGCUCUCGUGGGUAGAUCCUGCAUCAUCUUCUUCAUCAUCAUCAUUAACAACAAUUCGCAGACUUGCCAUGUACUAUUUGGGUGACCGUGAUGCCAACUCUAUAGAAAGCAGAAAUGUUAUUCCCCUAUCUGGACAUGAAAUGAAGAAUCACCACCAUGUACGAUCAUGCCAAUUUUACUCUUUUGGCAAUGAAUUGGAAAGUUCUGGUUGGCAAAAAUUAAAAUUACUCUUUAAGGGCCUCACAUUGAUUGCAGUUUUAGACCUUGAAAGAAUUACUAUAUUUGGGAAAGGAAAAAAGUUUCCGAGAGCAAUAGGAAACCUAAUUUACUUGAGGUAUUUAAGUAUAAGAGAAUCUGAUACUAUUACAAGUUUGCCUUCCUCUAUAGGCAACUUGGGAUUCCUCCAAACCCUAGAUUUAAGGAGAUGGAGCAUCAGCAGUUUAAGAAUACCUAAUGUCUUGUGGAGGUUGAAACAAUUGAGACAUCUAUAUCUUCCUUCUCGAAUCAAGUUGGCUGGAACAAAUAAGUUGCGAUUGGAUAGUUUAAACAAACUGGAGACGCUAGAAUACUUUGAUAGAGAGUAUUGUGAUGUC